AUUUCAGCCAGGACUGAGAUCCAACCUGAAGGGAGUCUUUGCGGAGCUGAUAAACCCUCUGGAGCAGCUGCAGGCCUCCAUGAGAAACAAUGUGGUCACAGUGGCUCUGGACCUGUGGAGAACAGACACCAGUUUCUCAUCAGGCACGAGAGGACGUGUCGCACUCUUUUAAUUGGACAGCAGGUGGCAGCACAGCGCAGACCAGGACGCUGUCCUAUCUGUGGAGAGAAAGACAAGGGAGGGCACUACUGAUUCGCAUCAGGACGGACCGACAGGCAGGAGUCGGGACUUGACUCCGGUGACCUUAGAACAGCAGCAUGACAUCACCCCGGCACUACACCGGACACACUGCUCGGGAUAUCGCCAACGUGAUGCAGAAGCUGCAAGACGAGCAGGAGGCAGUGCAGAAAAGGACCUUCACCAAAUGGAUCAAUUCCCACUUGGCCAAGCGUGUCCCACCUCUGGUGGUGACAGACCUGUUCGAGGACAUCAAGGAUGGUGUGAUGCUGCUGGCCCUGCUGGAGGUUCUCUCUGGACAGAAACUUCCAUGUGAGCAAGGCAAGAAGCUGAAGAGAAUCCACUGGGUCGCCAACAUCGGUACAGCGCUCAACUUCCUUGAGGGAAGGAAGAUCAAGCUGGUAAACAUCAACUCCACAGACAUCGUUGAUGGACGACCAGCAAUCGUACUAGGCCUGGUGUGGACCAUCAUCCUCUACUUCCAGAUUGAAGAGCUAACAAUUAGCCUCCCAGCACUUCAGGGCAGUAGCACCUCCUCCAUGGACAGCUCCACCAGCAGCACUGAGGCCACCAGCCCACCUGUCAAAAGAAAACUCCUCCCACCUCCGGGCGGAGCCAAAAGGGCAUUAUUGAAGUGGGUUCAGCGGACAACCACCAAAUGUUUGGGAUUUGAGGUGAAGGACUUUGGCCCUAGCUGGCGCACUGGCAAAGCAUUCUUUGCAGUCAUCCAUUCCCUGCGGCCCGAUCUCGCUGAUGUGGAGCAUGUGUCGAGGAGGUCUAACCGUGAAAAUCUACAGGAAGCUUUUUUCCUGGCUGAGACCAAGUUAGGCAUCCCACAGCUCCUUGACCCAGAAGGCAAACUCAGUUUUCUGAAUCAUUUACAGCAAACAUUUCCUGAAAGAACUUCAUACGUCGAUGUAGACAAACCGGAUGAGAAAUCCAUCAUGACGUAUGUCGCCCAGUUCCUGAAGCAUCAUCCUGACAGAAAGCAAAGCGACUCAGACGGACUUCUCCAAGUGGAGAGAGAGCAGCGUAAGAGCCUGAGGGAGUUAAAAAUGUGGCUGGACCAGCUGGAGAGAGAGGCGGUGCAGACUCAAGGGACUGAGGCCAAUCUCUCACAACAGUACCAGUCCUUCAAGAGUGUUCGUGUGCAGCUGGAGAUGAGGAGAAAACAGGUGGAGGGAUCUUUACAGUCUACUCAGAAAGACGGAAUACUGACAGUGGACCAGGCUCUGGUCAAACAGGCCUGGGAGAAGGUCUCGAACAGGCUCCUAGACUGGCAUCUGCAGCUGGACAGGUCUCUUCCUGCCCCUCUCAAUGUGGUGGGAGCAUGGCUUCAUGAGGCAGAAGGAGCUUUGCGUCAAGAGAUCCACAUCCAGCAAACACAUGAUGUGACCGCCAAGACCGUUCACGCAGCCCUGGAGCAGCAUAAGGCCGUGUUAAAGAGUCUGGAAGGACAUCAGCAGAUCUUUCAGAGGAUCCACAAGGACAGAAGUGUCGAUGGAGUCCCGGUUCCUCUUGAGCAACUCCAAGACAUGGCUGAGAGGAUGAACUUUGUCUCGACAUCCUACAGCAUCCAUCUGGCUAAGAUGGAGUUUCUGGAGAACAAGCACCACAUGCAGGCCUUCCUGGGUCUGGCUGAAACCAAGCUCAAGUCCUGGAUUAUUAAAUAUGGCCGAAGAGAGUCAGUGGAACUGAUGCUACACGACUAUGUCUCAUUUGUGGAGAAACAACGUUUCUUUCAAAAGUACGACACAUUGUUCCAGUCCCUGAAACAAUCAGCGGAGUCCUACGUCAGUGCUGACAGUUUAGUGGAUGAAGGUGAGAUGGGGGUGCGCAGGUUCAUGCGGGAGGUGGUGACCCAAUGGCGGAGUCUGUCCAUGGAGCUUCGCAGUGUGAGGAGCAUGCUGGAGGAGGUGCUGAUCAACUGGGAGAGAUAUAGCUCUACUGUGGCCUCCUUACAAGCUUGGCUGGAGGAUGCAGAGGAGGCGCUGAGCCAGCCUGAAAACACUAGGAUGGAGUUCUUCCGGAAUCUCAGUCACUGGAUGGAUCAACAUGUAACCAUGAACGAUUCAGGGAAUUUCCUCAUUGAAACGUGUGAUGACAACGUGUCCCUGGAGCUCAAGCAGCAGCUUCUCCUUUUGAAUGGACGAUGGAGAGAUCUCUUCAUGAAAGUCAAACAAUAUGCUCGAGUCGAGGAGUUGGAGAGAUGGCGGAAAGACCACUUGAAGGCCACCAUGACCCUAAAAGAGCUGCUGGACUCAGCAGAGGGCAAGAUCAAUGCUCCUGUGCAAGUGUCGUUCCUCAAUGUAAGAAGCUUCCUGCAGGAUGCAGAGAGUACCAAGCAAAAAGUUGUUGCAAUGGAGGCACAGUACAAGUUAGCAGCUCGCAGCGCUCAGCUUCUUGCCAAGGAUGCACCACAGGAUGAGGCAUCCAUGGUGAUGGCAACGAUGUCAACAGCCAAAAGUCAACUGAGCAAGAUAAGAGAACGCUGUCCUGCUCUGGUAAGAGAGUGUCACGUUCUUAUGCCGCUUCUGGAGGAGAUGGAGAAACACAUCAGUGCUUUUUACCAAGCACUGGAGCGAGCCGGUCGCAUCAUUUCUGCUGUGAGAGACCCAGACACACAGCCUCUCACCCAGCACAAACAAAAGUGGCAGGACUUAUUAAACCAGCAGCAAAACUGUAAGCGAUGUCUGUCAGUGAUUGAGAGAAACCAUCACAACCUGCAGAGGAUGCUCUCAACCAAUAAGACGCUCCGGAACUUUGACCUGUCAUUUAUGCAGAAACGUGUGUCUGAAAUACAGAGCUCAGCUCAGGUUUUAGUAAAAGAGGCAGGGGAGUGGAGGAGGCAGGAAGAGGCCAACAACUGUUUGAGGAGAAGGUUCGAAGAGUCACGACAAGAACUGGAAAAAGUGCUGAAGAAAGCUGAGGGCUGCUUGAAGGAGACUGGAGAUGCUGAGGCGCUUCUGAGGAAACAUGGUGAUAUUUUUGGUCAACUGGACCAUCGGAUGCUGAGCGUCUUUUUGAAGGCGUGCGAUGAGCUGACUGACAUCCUACCGCAGGAGGAACAACAGGGGCUUCAGGAAACGGUCCGCAGGUUGCACAAACACUGGAAGGAUGUCCAGGCUAAAGUGCCUAUUCACCUGCUGCAUCUUAAGCUGGAAGUGGAGCAAAGUCGAAUCGCUGUGAUCUUACAGGACUGCAGAUCAGAGCUGGACAGAGAAAUACAUGCCUUGUCUGGUACCUGCACCAGUGAGCGAGUGGUCAAAGAGCACAGAAGUUUCUUCAGGGAACGUAAACCUCUGGCCCUGUGUGAGAAGAGGAUCAGAAACAUGGAGGACCUCUGUCACAAGUUACCUGACAACGACCCAGCUUACAGAACGUUAGAUUCCACCAGAAAAGCUGUGGAGGAAGUUACACAGAACAUAAGGAGAACCCUCCUUAAACUGGAGCAACACCCUGACAAAGCCCUGCAGAAAGCUGUGGACGCCCAUGAGGAAAACCUGUUAUGGCUCAAAACCCGCCUUAAUGUUCUGUCCGAGGUUAGCUCUGAAGUGGAGGUUCAGAGGCAAAGAACAGCUCUGGCCAAACUCUCAACUGACCUGCGUGCACUGUUUUCUACACUACAUCAGUGGGAUAAAGAGGGAACAGCUAUGUUCCAGUAUGAAGAGCUGAGGGAGGAGGUGCGUGGUGCACUGGAGGAGGUCCUGAAAUCACAGACAGAGGCUGAGGAGCAGACCAGCAGGAUCCUUGAAGCUGAGGAUCUGGAGGAGGCGAAGCAUCUUUACUAUAUUCACCAGCAACAUCUGAAGCGCCUACAAGCCCACAGAAGAGAAGCAGAGCUUCUGGUGUCCCACUGCCGGCAGCUGCAGAAAGGAGAGGCACUCAGUCAUUCUCUGGUAGAACUGGAGGGAGCCUUCACAGACGCUGACUGUAAAUCAGGGGCAAAAGAGCACAACCUGCAGGAGAUCCUCACCAAGAUUGAGGAAUAUUGCAUCAGAGCUGAUCUUCUCCUGGAGAAGACAGCUGAUAUCCAGCUUGGUCCAAAGAACCAGACCUUUCUCCUGAAGCAGGCUCGAUCCACUAAAGAGGCAGUCACACAACUUCAGGACCAACUCAGCAAGAAUGUCGUUCAGCUGGAGAUGAUGUGUGUGUGGUCGGAGCGCUUCAACACAGAGUCAGAUACUCUUUCCUCCUGGAUCAAUGAGAAGGAGAAAGACCUCGAGGCCAUCGAUACCAUGUCCUCCAUGGAUCCUUUAGAUAAGAACAUCAUUAUCGUGGAGGAGGUAGAGAAGGGUUUAGAUGACCGAAGGUCAGCGUUGACCCUCAUGGAGGCAGACUGUGAAGCCUUGUCAAGGUUUCUGACCCCUGGAGAGGCAGGAUGUAUCCGAGCACGCCUCACCCAUAUGAGGCGUUACUGGGAAGAGCUGAAGGAGAGUGCCGAGCAAUUAAAAGGACAGCUCAACCAGAACGCGUCCUACAGGCAAAAAUACAACGAUAACCUUGAACAGGACGUCUGCCAGACAUCUGAGCAGCUGAAGCCCAGACUGAUGACUCUGUGUUCGGUGGUGAAGAGGCUUGGUGAGGGCAGCCAGCUGGAAGAAGAAAUGUCCAACCUCCAGAAGCAACGGGUGCAGCUUCUGGAAAAGGCUGCAGAAAAACAGGCUUUAUUGGAAAGCCUUCUGUCUCUGUGGCAAAGACUUAUGUUGCUGGAAUCACAGUUGUCACAGCUGGAGUUGUUCGACCAGGCUUUGUUGACUUUGACCCAGAGAGGUGAAAACUUCCUGUCUGUCUUGAGGAGCGCGUCCAAGGUUGAUGUAGCAGAUCCAGAGGUUAUGUUUAUGGAGCUGAAGGAGCACGAGGCACAGCUUCAAGCGUAUGCAACGCUGAAAGAGACACUUCAUCAAAGAGAGUCUUCGCUGCUCCACUCUUCCAGCACAGAGGCCCAGCAGCAGCUCCAGGGCUGGAAGGAGGAUUGUCUACAGCCCCUCAGAGAAUCUCAGCGGCUCCUGCUCCUCCGUAAAGAGUGUCUGACUAAAUUAAAGACUUUUCUUAUCAAGCGCAGCGCUGCAGCAGAGGUUGUUCAUCGCCUUUGUGAGGCAGUGGAGGACAGAGGGAGCUGGGAUUGUUCCAAAGUUGAGGAGCUGCACUGUGAAAUUAAGGACGUGGCCAAAGACGUGGCUCGUCUUGAGGCCGAGGCCGUUGGUUUGGACGGUCUGCUCAGCAAAGCCCACCUGCAUCUAUGUGGGGCAGAGAGGGGGGGCUCCAAAGAUGUGAAUCUCCCUGAGGGAAGGACGUCUUGCAGGGGAGAGGCGGUGGUCCUCACAAUGGCUCUGGAGAAAGUACAGAGGGGAUUAGGGUGGAGGCAGAGUGAGGCAGACGCUUUAAGUGCACUGUGGAGCUCCUUCAGAGAGAGGAGGGAGGAGGUGAUGAAGAAUUUAAAGAAACUGGAAGAUGAAGUGCAGAACGAGGGACCGACAGAAAGCUCUGUGCAAGCCUUUCAAAACAGGCUGCGUUUCUUCGUCCAGCUGGAGGAUGAGCUCCAGUCCCUGCAGCACUCUCAGCAGUGGUUAGAGGAGAAAGGAAGCCAGCUGGCAGAGAGAGACAGCGAGCUGGCGGUGGAGGCUCUCAGGGAGGUAGACCUAGUGAAGACAGCCUGGGAGAAGGUCGGGACUCUGAUCAACAGCAGUCAGGAACAGAGUGGAGUCGUGGUGGAGCUCCUACAUCAGUUUCAUCACCUGAAGUCCAUGCUCUGCACUGUGGUGGAGAACGCACAGUCUGUUGCUCACAAUCUGCCCGACCACAACCACAACGCUGAGGAGGCUAAAUGGGUUUUCACACGGCAUGAGACUGUCCAGGCUGAGCUGAGAGAAAAACAGGAAGACAUGGACUUGCUUAUCAGCACAGCUGAAGAUCUGCAGAGAGAAAUAGAGAAGAUUCCGAAUUCUGAUUCCUGCAACAUUCAGAAAGACAUGGAGACCCUGAGAGAUCAGUGGUUGGAGGUCUCAGAAAAAAUACAGACCAACACAGAGAGACUGAGCCACUGUGUGGCUCUGUGGGACGACCUCAAAGCCAUGGAGCAGGACAUCAACCAGUGGACGUCCUGCUCAAUUGCUGAGCUCACAGACAGUGUGACCAAACUUAGUGACAAGGAGAGGACAGAGACACAGCUUGAUGCUUUUCAGGCUGGGAUUGAGGAGAGGGAGCAGAAACUGGAUGCCCUGCAGGACAGAGUGACAAAGCUGAAGGAACAGGCCAAGCUGCAGGAGCCACCGAUACAAAUCCAGGUGAGAACAGUGCAGAAAAGAAACACAGGAGGAGGUUGCAAAAGCAGUGGUACAAUGUUGCUAAAUGUCAUUGUAUUGAAGCAGGUUCUGGAGUCAGACAUGAGGAAGAAAAUGGCCCAUGCACAGGACGUGUUCAACCAGGCCAAACAUACUCUGACCUACUUCAGUUUCCAAAAACAGCGACUUGAGGACUUCAUGACCCAGAUGGCUGACCGGCUGGAAGCAAUCGAGGGUUCUUUAUCUGACCUAACUGAAGCUACAUCUCCUGAGGAUAUUGGUACUGUGAAGGAUUUGCAGUGUAUUGUGCAGCAACAGAGGGCAGACAUGGACUCAGCCCGAGAUGCCCUGACCGCCCUGUGCCGGUCGCAUCCCACCCAGGAACUGUCCGUCCUCUCUGCCGAACUCACCUCCAUUGCAAAGCGAACAGAGGCUGUAGCGCAGCGUUGUGCCAGAACCAGGGGCAACCUGGAGGAUGAGCUGCAGCAGCACUUUAACAAGCUUGUCAUUGACUUUCAAACUUGGGUUGAAGACCUUAAGUUGGAGAUGAAAAAAUGUUCGAACCAGGCAGGAGAUGUUGCUGUACUUGAAGCCAAAUUACAAAGGACAAAGGUUUUAGCCGAGCAGUCAUCAGAAGGUGAGGAGCGCCUGUUCCAGAUUUGUGAGGAGGCUGAGCUGCUCCAACUGCAUCUGCCCAAAGCAGGAGCAACACAAGUCCAGGAGCAUCUCUCCUCCUGUAAGAGAGAGUGGAGGAGAUUGGUGAACAGUUGCGCUCGGAUCAAACAAGACCUGGACGAGAGUAUUGGCCUCCUGAAAAACUUCGAUGAUUGUGUGAGUGAUUUAAGAGAUUGGCUGAAGCAGGUGGAGCUUGACCUGAGGAGUGAGCCUGUUCUUGGUGCAGAGAGUCAGCAUGGAUCUCCUGACACCACAGAGGAGCUGCAGAGGCUGGAAAACCUGCAUAAGGAGCUGCUAGAAAGAAGGGACUCUAUUGAGCGUGUCUGCCAGGAGGCCCAGUCUUUGUCUGAAGCAGGCCGUGGGUCAGGAGGAGAGGUCAGAGUGACGGGCCAGCUCCAGAUGGAUCAUCAAGCCUUACUGAAGACAGUUAGGGAGAGGCUGCGAGGAUGCCAGGAGAGCCAAGCUUUUGGAGAGACCCUCCAAGGAGUUUGGGCCUGGUUGGAAGAGAUCCAGGAGAGACUGGGAACAGUAGACAGCACGAUGGGGACAAAGGAGCAGUUGGAGCAAAGGCUGGAGACUGUGCAGGAUAUCCUGUUAUUGAAGGGUGAAGGAGAAGUCAAGCUUAAUAUGGCUGUGGGUAAGUGUGAGUUAGCACUGCGCAACUACGGGGCAGCUGGACAGGAAGUGGUACGCUCACAACUCCAGGAAGUGGAGGAUGCCUGGGCCACGCUGCUCGUAACAGCAAUGAGCUGCCACAGUCGACUGGAGUGGACCGUGUCCCAGUGGGGAGGAUACUUAGACAGUGCUGCCCAGCUGCGGUGCUGGAUGGAGGUUGUGGAGCGGGAGGUGUGUACUCCACUCACACCCCAACCUGGGCCCAGAGAAAAGGCUUCUCAGAUGGACAGACUCAGAGCCCUGUUGACCGACCUGGAAGACCACCAGGUGGCACUGUCCAGCUUGGAGGAAAAAGCAAGGGAACUUUUCAAGAAGACUGGUGAUGCCAGCUUCAACCAUGGAGCUCGCACACACCUGCAGGCCCAGUUUGAUGAUCUUACAGCCCUAGUGGAGGAGAGAGUACAUCUUGCCCAAGCUGUAGUGUUGGAACACCAAGAAUACCUAGAGGCAGUGAGAGAGCUCACCGAUUGGCUGAUGAAUGCAGGGGAGGAGCUGCAGCAUUGGUCUGAUUCUUCAGGAGACUCUACGUCCAUCAAAAGGAAACUAUCAGAAGUGAGGGAGUGUGUCGAGAGUCGGCUGCUGGAGGGCCGAGAGCGCCUUAGCCGUGUGCGACACAGCGCAGCAACCACGGCGGAGCACACAGCCGCAGGAGGUUGCGAGGCUAUGGACCGACAGUUGGGGGCGCUGUCCCAGGCUUUAGAGCAAUGGGAAGGCGCCGCCUUGAGAGCCAGAGACAGCCUGGAAGGGGCCCUGGCUGCUGCGGCGGCUUCGGAAGAGGAGUACAAGUGUUUGACAGCACGGCUAGAAGAAGAGGUGAAAGAACUUGAUGGACAGCUGAGAAGGUGGAGCCAGGAGCUGAUUAAAGCAGAGGGGCGGAGCAAUGGCGAGGAAGCGGUGGAGGGAUGGCAGCUUGCAAUGGAUAUACUGGAGGGCUUGCAGAGUGCAGAGCCAAUGGCAGAGAAGUUGAAAAGCCAACUGAACGACCUGGUGAGAUUCUCCAGAGAUCUGGGACAGCAGUCAGACAGGGUCACUGCCGUUAUAAAGCAGCACAACAGUCUCAGCCUCCGCGCCUCCAGAGAGUGUCAAAACAAGGAGCGCUUGUUGGAGCAAAGGUUUCGCACUGCACUGAGAGACUUCCAGCAGUGGUUGGUCAAUGCAAAGAUCAGCACAGCCAAGUGCUUUGAUGUUCCACAGAGUGUCACAGAGGCCUCUAUUGCUCUGCAGAGGAUCCAGGUGUUCCUGAGUGACAGGGAACAUGGGCAGGCCAGGCUGAGUACAGUGGAUGUGAGUGGUGAUCUGCUGAUGGCAGUGGUGUCGAGGGACAGGGUGGAGGGGAUCAAGGCCAAAGUGGAGAAUGGGAGAGAGGACUGGAAGAGCCUGAUGAAUAACCUGCAGAUGAGAGAAGAUGCACUUAAGAACCUGCAGUCCCAGAUGACAGAGUUCGAGGCCAGUGCUGAGCCUCUACAGGAAUGGCUGAACAGCGCAGAGGCCAGAGUUCAGGAGUGCAGUGCUCGGCUACAUGACCUUCCUGCCAAGAAACAGGAGCUCAGUAAACUACAGAGCGUACUCGAGGAGAUAGCAGGUCAGGAGGCAGAGCUCAGCAGGUUGAGAGAAAGCGCUCACCGUCUGUGGGAAGGACAAGCAGCCGGCAAAGGCUUUGUCCACCGCGUGUCGCAGCUGUCAGCGCAGUAUCUCGCCCUCAGUAACCUCACCAAGGACAAAACCUCCAGGAUUGAGCGAAUCGUUGGGGAACACCGCCUUUUCUCUCAGGGUCUAAAAGAGCUGCAGGACUGGGUGUGUGAAGCCCAGAGAGUUCUCAGCUCCUGCAACUCCACCACCACCGACAAGGGCGUGUUGGAGGAGCGGAUGUUACAGUUAGAAGCUUUACUGGCUGCUCGUCAAGAAAGAGAGAUCCAGCUGAAGAUGCUGCUAACACGGGGAGAAGCCGUGCAGAGAAACACUUCCGUCGAGGGAGUCCCAGUGAUUCGCAAACAGAUCCAGGACCUCAAGGACUCAUGGGAUUUGCUGCUUUCUGCCUCCAUUAAGUGUAAAAGUCAACUUGAAGGUGCACUGUCCCAGUGGACCAGCUACCAGGAGGACGUUGGUCAGUUUGUGGCUUGGAUGGACCGUGUGGAUGAGACACUGAGCUGCUCGGACAGACAGUACUCAGAGAUGAGAGACAAGACUGCAAACCUUGGGAAAACCAAGCUUCUCUAUGAAGAAGUAUUGAGUCACAGCAGUCCUCUGGAGACCAUUGCUGCAAAGGGGUCCAAUAUGGCUGAACAUUACACCACCCAGCAGGAGGUGCAGCAGCUACAGUGUCGCUACAACUCUCUGAAAGAAAAGGCCAAGAAUGCAGUCAGCAAAGCCAAGAGCCUGGUUCUGAUCCAUCAGGAGUAUCAGAGAGAACUUCAUGUGUUUGAGGACUGGCUGGAGCAGGAGCAGACCACUCUGGCCUCCCUCACUCAUCCAGAGGGAAACGUGGAUACGAUAGAAGAGACACUGCAGCAGCUCCAGCUUCUUCAAGAUUGCUGCUCGAACGGUCAGUCCCUGUUGUCAUCUGUGCUGACCAGCAGAGAGAGGGUCAUACCGUGGGGCGUGCCGCAGAUUGAGGAUAGGGCCCUGGACACUGCUCAGCGAGAGUGGGGGUCUUACCAGGUUCGUUUGGAAGAGACCCAAACCCACAUGAGCUCCACGCUGAUCAGGCUGAAGCAGAUGGGUCAGAAAUUUCUGAGUCUGGCACAGUGGUUGGAGGAGAUGGAGAAGAUGGCGAACAUCAGGCAACAACAGAGAUCUGACAGAGCCACCAAGGAGAGUCAGCUGAAACAACUGCAGGGCUGUCUGAUGGCAGUGCUGGCCCGGCAGGCAGAGGUGGACGGCCUCUCCUCUCUGGCCCAGCAGGUUCUGGAGGAACCCUACAUCAGCAGCCGUGUGAGCGUCACUGCUACUCAACUCACUGCCCGAUACCAUUCGGUGCAGCUCAAUAUACAGGAUACCAUCAAGCAGCUACAGGAGGAAGCCAAGAGCAUCGAAGAGGCAGAAAAUCUUUGCUGCUCUUUCUCAGACUGGCUCAGCUCCACUCAGAAAAACUUCACAGUGUUGACUGAUAGUUCAGAACCUCUGGACCGGGUUGCUAUGGAGAAGAAAAUGAAGAAACUUGAGUCUCUUCAGUCUGAGCUUCAUCGUGGCCACAGUUUCCUCAAAUCCUUGAGGGAGCAAGCAGAGCAGGCAGCAGGCUUCUUGGACGAGGCCGGAGCCGAGAGUUUGGGAUCGGAGGUCGAAGGUCGUCUUGCACAACUGGAGGAGCUCGCUGGAGGACUGAGACACGAGCACAGCUUCCUGGAGAGGGCCUUACUUUUAGCCAAGGAGUUCCAGGACCGAUACAAGGGUCAAGCUCAGUGGUUGGUGGAGACGCAAGCUUUGCUGAACACUCCAGUGGAGCCUAAGGCCGAGCUCUACCAGCGCAGAGCGCAGCUGGCUAAGUAUAAAGCUCUGCUGCAGAUGGUUCAGUCCCACGAUGGAUCCAUCAGGUCCGUGGUGGAGAAGGGAGAUGCUCUGCUGGCUUCUGUCCACUACCCCUCCAUCAGAGACAAAAUGAACAGACUGCAAAGAGAUUAUAAUGAACUGUGUAAAAGAGCUGUGAUCCACGUGGAGACUCUAGAAGCUCAGGUGAAAGACCAGGAAGUGUACCAUAAUGAACUCCAGGAGGUGGAGCGCUGGCUGCUCCAGAUGUCCAGCAGGAUGGUGACUCCUGACCCCACUGUAGGAGGCAAUUUAGAGACAGCCACUCAACAGCUGGCCAGGCACAAGGCCAUUAUGGAGGAAAUUGCUGGGUUUGAGGAGCGCCUGGCAGGCCUGAAGCAGCGAGGAGACCACCUGGUCCAGGGCUGCAGUGACCGUGUGCAGAGCAGGCUGAGACAGCAGGUUCAGGCUCACCAGCAAGGCACCAGAGACAGCUACUCUGCCAUCUGUAGCACUGCACAGAGAGUUUAUCAGAGUCUGGACCAUGAGUUACAGAGACAUGUGAGUCUCCAAGACACAUUACAGCAAUGCCAGACUUGGCUGAACUCUGUUUCAGAAGAACCAGAACCUCCUGCACAUCCACCUCUAAGUCUGGAGGAGGCGCUACAGCAGGUGAAACGGGAGAGGACUCUCCAGGAGCAGGCCAGUACUUACCUCCAGCUUGUGUGUUCAACCUGUGACCUGUCAGACUCAAGGGUCAGAGAGACUGCAGCAGAUAUUCAGCACGUCAAACUGCAGAAUGAGGAGCGGAUGAUGCUCUGUGAAGAGGUAGCAGACAGUUGGAGGGACUUUGAGGAGCAGAAGGCAGACCUGCAAGCUCAACUGAGAGAAACUGAGCAGCAACUGCAGAACCUUAUCAGGAGACCCGCAGAACUGGAACCAAAAAUUGCACAGAAUCAGCUGGACAAAGCACAGGAGUUCCUCCAGCAGAUCAAGGAGAGACAGUCUGAAAUUACGCAUUUGAAUGAAGCCAUUGGGAGAAUGACAAAUGGGCAGGUGUCUCCAGCUCUGGAGGAGACAAGGCGACUGAAGAGAAGUUGGAUUGAUCUGGGUCAGCAGGCAGAAGAGCUUGAGGCUCAGCGCGGAGAAGACAUGCAGCGAAGUGGGGAAUACCAGGAGAGCAUUGUGGCUCUGGAGGAACUGUUCCACCAAGUAUCAAGAGAGUGGGACUAUCUGGCAAGAGCUGACACAGAAAGUACGAGUGAACAUUUAGAGGCUUUAAGAAAACUUUCAAGUGACCUUGAGGAACAGAAAGCACUUCUAGAGGACGUCAGGGAACAAAAACUAGCAAUUCUGCCACGACUUAGCCUGCUGGACAAGGAGCUGGUCAAGCAACAGGUUGGUCAUCUGGAGCAGCGCUGGGCUCAGCUUGAAAACCUGAUUCAACAGAAAAUCCAGGACUCAGCCCAGACACUAGAGGAUCUGGCCCGUGUGGAAUACCAGCUCAGAGACGCCCGGGAGUGGGUGGAGGAACAGCGGCCUGCACUAACGUCUGUGCUGAAAACUAGCCCACCUCCUGAUGUUGCCCAGAAUUUCCUGUUUGACCAUUUGAGUGUGUGUGUGGAGCUGGAGGCCCGUCAGCAGCUGCUGGGUCAGGCAGUAAGCGAAGCCCAGGCUGUUGCCUCCAGGCUGGGUCUCAGUGAGAAGAGAGGCCUUCAGGGGCUGGUUGAACAAGCCCAGGUUGAAGUGGAGGUUCUGGGUGCUCAGGUGGCCCAGAGGAGGAAGUAUCUUAGUAAGGCCUUCACAGAGAGAACGCAGUUCCUUCAGGGUUUGAGCAGAGCAUUGUCCUGGAUACAACAACAAGAGAGGAAGGCUUUGAUUGAUGACCACAUAGCACUUCUCCCACAGGACUUGGCAAAACAGGUUGCUGCCUGUCGAAGUGUCCAAAGCAGCUUACGAACCUACCAAAGGGAGCUGGCAUCUCUCUGGGUCCAGGGGCGAGAGCUGGAGAGAGAUGCCUCCGACAAAGAAAGAACAGAAACCCUGGCGAGACUCGAGGAACUUCAAUCGGUCUUUGAAAAUGCCCUCCAGAGGACAACUCAGCGUCUCGCUGACUUAGAAAGAGCCUUAACCUCCAGGACGUAUUUUCAGGUCGACUUAAACAAGACCUGUCAGUGGUUAAGACAGGCGGAUAGCGUCACUUUCCCUGAAGUCGAUUUAAGCAAGAUUGAUGAAAGCUCAGAAUUGCAAACACAACUAUCUAACUUUCAGAAAGUCCUGGAAGAAGCUUCGGAAUAUGAGAAUCUCCUUCUUAUUGUCCAAAGAAUAGGCCAGGAGAUUCUCCGCACUUUGAAUGAGAUCGACCAUUGCUACCUGGACGAGAGGCUUAAUGCUCUGCCUCAGCAGUACAAUGCCAUCCUGGCUCUGGCCAAAGAGAAGAAAGACAGAGUCCAACAUAUUAUCCUGGAGAGGAAGGAGUUCAGCACUUUUUUGGAUGUUACUCGUAAUGCACUGGAGGAGCUUCAGGGGCAGCUUGACAAUCUGGAGAAGCAGACGAUCAUCAGUAUGAGAGGGGAGGACGUUGUUUGUCUAAUGAAUGAAUACAGGAACAUUGAUAAGAGUUUGUUGCACAUCAACGCUGCUGUGAGAGAAAUACACAGCAAAAAUGAAGGUUUUCUCUGUCGAGGGCAGCAGUACAGAGUUGAAGAGAUGCAGCAGCUAAUCCUUUUGUGUAACAGCAUUAAGAAAAGAGCUGAUCACAAAAUUACUCACUUAAAUAAUUGUUUAACAGUCAUAGGCAAUAACCACAGAGCUUUGACCAGUUUGGAUUCAGAGCUAAUGUCUGUCAGAGAGGAGGUGGUCAAGCUGAAGUCAGACAAAGUGACAAAACAUUUAGAAAAAAUCACUUAUCUUUAUUUACUUCUAGAGAGACUGGACCGUAUGAUAUCUGAGACUGAGGAAUGUAACUCUCAAACACAAGGCCUCGGCCUUAAGUUUGAAAACACUGCCUUUACAGAAGCUGCACAGCUGCUUGAAUCAUUAAUAUCUCUACGAGGUGAAAUAAAAAGAAUGCUUGAUGCGAGUGAAGUCCAGGUCACGGAAAACGAAGAUUUCACAAGAGACACGGACCAACUGCUGCAGCGUCUGAGGACUAUCAAGGACAAGGUGGAAGAACCUUUGAUUCUUUCAGAGGUCAGUACUGAGCAGGUGCAGAAGGAGUCACGCGAAGUGAGAAUCAUUGAGGAAGAAGUUGGAAGUUGCCUGAGGAGAGCGGAUGCCUCAGGUGACAGAGAGAAGCAAAGUUGUCGAGGGAGAAAAGAAACCACUCAUGUGGAGGAGAAACUACAGGAGGUCAGAAAACUGGCAGCUGAAGUUCAACAAAGAGUUUGUGUGAAGAAGCUUGCUGUGGAUGGAGCUCUUGCCCUGGUCCAGCGGUGCCACUUAUCUCUGCAGACCAUGCAGAAAUGGUUAGAUUCUGCUGUGGCUUUGCUUCAGAGGACCAACGCAGGGGUGGAUCUUAAGAACCAGGCAGACUGUUCACAGGAAGUGGAUGCGGUUUUCACCCAGGAAAAGAGCUUUACAGUCGCCUUGGAGGAGCUGAGGACAUUAAUUUCUAUGAUGGAUUUCAUGGAACCAGGGGUGAUGAGUGAGAAAAUUGAGUUGAUGCAGCAGAAACACACAGAGGUCAAAAAACAACUGGAAGCUUACAGAAAAACUUUGGAGAGGACUGGAUCUCUGUGGAGCGCCUUCCAGCAGGAAAGAAUCGCACUGGUGGAACAGAUGAAUGGUGCAGAGGGUAAAAUUGCUAUGUUCACCACAGCCAAAGCCACCAGCCUCCAAGAAGCAAAAGACAAGUGUCAGACAUACAGGUCUCUGGUUGCUCACAUUGACCUGAUGGAGGUUGCUCUGGACGCUUUGAGAGACAACAUCCCUGAAUUAGAGACAAUCACUUCUAAGCACAGCAAAAGUAUCAUCGGCCAAACUGUGUCAUCGCUACGGCAACGGUGGUCCAGGCUGUGCGGCGUGGUUCGAGCCCAAGAGAAGGGGCUGGUGGACACAGUGAGGGAGUGGCAAAACUUCACAGAGAAGAUGGAGAAGGUGCGCUCUGUGUCAAAAGACCUCCACAGCCGUGUCCCAGACAGCACAGUGGAGAAGGCUGCCACCAGGUCAGCACUGCAGAGCCUCCUGGAGUACCACGACUCCUUCAGCCAGGAGGUAGAGCGGGAGCAGUCCAUCCUGGCUCUGCUUCGGCAGCACACCUGCAUUCUGCGAGGAGGAGAAGACGAGGAGCAAGAGAAGAAGCUAGAUGUUGAGAAAAAGACAGAGAAUGGACAUGAGGGGGUGUUGAGCCUUCAGGAGAUCAGAUACCUGCAGGAGCAGUAUGAGAGUCUGAUGGUGCGUGUGAGGGCGAGCAGAGCUCAGGUUCAUCAAGAGCUGAGGGAACGAGAGGAGGUUGAAAAGGAGCUGGGUUUGGUGAAAGGAUGGAUCCAAGACACCCGUGGUUUACUGCUAAGUCCAACAGCCGACCUGGACUCACUGCUCCAGGAACUGGAGACAGCACAUGGUGAGGUCAUCAACAGACGUCAGAGUAUUGAGCGAAUCACAGAGCUGCAGCAGACCAAGUACCAAGACCUCCAGGCCGGUCUGCCCUCGGAGCUCAGUAUGCAGCUGGCAGAGGUGGCUCUGGCUCUGGGCUCUGCUGAGGACCAGGUCCAGGCCCGUGAACGAGAGGUGCAGCAGACCAGAGAUGUAAAAGAGGACUUCAACACCAGACUCCAGGACAUUGAGGCGAAGCUGAAGAUCAUCGCCCUGAAACUGGAAGACAAGAGUACGGACCUGGAGGAGGCCAAAGAAGAGACUAAAGCUCUUUGUGAAGAGUGUGAAUCCUGCUGUCGCUCUCUGGUAGAGUUAGGAGUAGCGGUGCAGGAGUUUGGUGAGCAGAACCCGCUGCUGUGCAAGCAGCUCGGUGACGCUGUGGCCAAACUGACCGAGGUGCAGCGGCACAUGACGCAGCAGGUCCAGGACAGAGCCAACAGACUGAAGAAGGCUGAAAGGCAGUUUGAGGAAUACCAGGGUAUGAAGGGAUUCAUUUUGGUCUGGACAGAAAAGGCAGAGGCUCUGGUCCAUGGUAACAUCAACUGGAACUCUGCCUUGCAGCUGCAGGAGCAGAUUCGAGCCCAUCAGGCUCUGCUGCGGGAGUGUCGGGGUCUCCAUGGUGACUUGGAAGCCAUGGGGGAUCGGGAGGAGUGCCUGGGGGAGGUGUUGCAGACGGAGGGGUGGGGCCAGCAGGUGAAGCACCUCAGCAGGAGAACUGAGGAGCUGCAGCAAAAUGCCAAGACUCGCCUCCAGAGUUUGCAGGAUGCAGCAAAGGACAUGCUGCGGCUAGAGUCAGAGGUAAAAACCCUCCAUGCAGCGGUGGACCAGAUCCAGGUCACACUGGCAUCUCCUGAUCUGAAUAGACUCAGCCUUAGAGAGCAGCUGACACAGAGACAGCGUCUCCUGGUGGAAAUGGAGGGAUUCAAGCAGCAGGUGGCAGCAGUGCAACAGUGCCAAAGCGCCCUCCGGCUGCCGGAGGAGGUAGUGACCAGUCUGCCGACCUGCCGCACUGCUCAGACUCUGCAGCAGGAGGCCAGCCAACUGCAGCACACUACAAUACAACAGUGCAACAUCCUGCAGGAGGCUGUGGUGCAGUAUGAGCAGUAUGAGCAGGAAGUGAGGAACCUCCAGAGGCUAAUAGAAGACGCACAUCGCAUCAUCCAGGACAGACCAGUCUCUACCAGUAACAUACAGGAACUUCAGGCUCAGAUACACCACCAUGAGGAGCUGGCCCAGAAGAUCCGUGGCUACCAGGAGCAGAUCGCAUCACUCCACUCCAAGUGCAAGAUGCUGACAGUGAAAGCCAAACAUGCCACUAUGCUACUGACAGUCAACGACGUGGACGGACUCUCUGAUGGCAUGGAUGAGCUGAGUGAUGACGAGCUGUCCAGUCCUGUGGCAGUCAGCACCAACGCUACCACAAAUGCCGGCUCCAAGCAGCUUCCUGCACACCCCUCUGUCGUCAUGAUGACAGCAGGCCGCUGCCACACACUCCUCUCCCCUGUGACAGAAGAGUCAGGGGAGGAGGGCACCAACAGCGAGGUCUCCUCUCCCCCUGCCUGCCGCUCCCCCUCCCCAGGGGCUAACGCUGAUGUUCCUUUUAACCAGCAGGUCCGUGGCACUUUAAGCCGAGCACCAUUACAGGAGCUGUACGACCCAUCCAUGGAGACCAGUACUGCAAACCUGGAUGAUCUGCAGAGAUCCUGGGAAACACUGAAAAAUGUGAUCAGUGAGAAGCAGAAAAGUCUAUAUGAAGCUUUGGAGAGGCAGCAACACUAUCAGGAGUCACUCCAGUCCAUUUCCACCAAGAUGGAGUCCAUCGAGGGGGCUCUCAACGAAGGCCUGGAGCCUAACAAGACUCCCGAGAGCCAGAUGGCAGCACACCAGGCUCAGAUGGACGAGAUCCUGAUGCUGCAGGAGGAGAUUGGAGAGCUACAGACAUGUUUCUCUGAGGAGCUGGCAGACAGUGACAGUGACGGGGAACCUGGUGAUCAGCUGGCCCUGCACUCCACUCUCACUGUCCUAGGGGAGAGGAUGGCCACCAUCCGGAUGAAGGCCUCGGGAAAACGGCAGCUUCUAGAAGAAAAACUGAGUGAACAACUAGAGGAGCAGCGUCAGGAGCAGGCGCUGCAGCGUUACCACAGUGAGGCAGAGGAACUCGACCACUGGCUGCUCAGCACUCGUGCCACUCUCAGUUCCGCACUACAGCCCCAGAACAGUGACAUGGACAUGGAGGAGCAGCUUAUUGACUGUCAGAACAUGCUGUUUGAGAUCGAGCAGAAAGUGUCCUAUCUUUCGGAGCUGUCCGUCCACAGUGAGAGUUUACUGCUGGAGGGUCGGGCAGAAACUAAAGGAGAGGCCGAGCAGCUCAGCAUCAAGCUGCAGUCCCUCAAAGACAGUCUCCUGGAGUUGCAGCAGAUGCUGCAGGACAAACAGGUGGACAUACAGGGCUCACUGCAGGAGCAGGAGGACAGUGAACCUGACUCAUCCCUGUCCCAGAGUCCUAAUGUCCAGGACUGGCUGUCUCAGAUCCGUUCAACACGCACUCAACAACAUCACGACAACCUGCUCCGUCAGAGGGAGCUGCAGAAUCAAGUAGCUGAACAGCGUCGUUUGCUGCAGUCAGUGGCGACUGUUGGUGAAGAGUUACUGAGUCAACAGACAACACCUAAUGGAGACAGUGAGUUGUCCAUCCCAGGAGGAGUGUUGCUGGAGUCGGAGAUAAUGUCUCCUCUGGAACAGCUGAGACAACGCUGGGAAAACCUGAACAAAGACCAAAAUACAAAACUUCAGCUUUCACUCAAUACACUGGAAAAUGACCAGCUCAGCUCAGUCAUCCAUCUGUCUCGUCUGUCCAGUCCCAGCAUGGUCUUCAGUCAGGAAUUUGGCAGCCGAGAUUCUCAAUCCCCACUGACUUUAUUUGAAGCGUGCAGCCAGAGAUUAGAAAGAAUCGCAGAGGUUGUAGAUGGUGAAACCAAAGCAGCCGUGUCUCUGGGUGUGUUGACUCUACAGCAGGACUUGUUUGCUGCAGUUUCAGCUGCCUCCUCGUGGCUGGAUGCAGCUGAGAAUCAGCUGCUGUCUGGUCCUGUGCUGCUGCUCGAAGAUACAGAGACACAACUCACUAACUUAGAGGGUCUCCACAAACAGCUGAAAGAGAUGACCAGGGAGGUGAACCUGUGUCGUGACCUGCUGGGCGGAGCAGCAGGGCGGCUGUGUGGAGGAGAGGAUCAAGCUCUGAUGGAGGACACUCUGGAGGGUCUGCAGGAGAGGAUGGGUCUGCUGGACUCCAGUCUGGAGCAGCACUGUGACAGCAUGAGAGACAGGCUGCAGGCACGCUCAACAUUUCAGAAUGAACUGAGGAUGAUUUCCGCAGAUCUGUGUGAAAGUAAACACCAGUUGUUGCAGAAGAUGGCUGUCACUGCAGACAGACCGGCAUCAAAACAGAUAGAGACAUUGACUGAAGUGGAGGAAAGUCUGAGAGAGUUUGAGCAGCGGUUGACAGAGCUGAGGACCAGAGCAGAGGGAAGACACUCGGAACAAAACCAGGAACUCCUCAAACUACAGGAUUCAUAUGAGGAGCUGGUCCUGAUGGUGGGUUCCAGACGGAGCAGCCUGAACCACGGCCUGUCUCUGAAAUCUCAGUACGAAGCUGCACUUCAUGAUCUCAGAGACCUGGUGGACACGGCUCAGGACAAAAUGGCUGCCGACCAGAAGAUGACCGUGGCCUCUGUCAUCGAGGUCCAGAUAUUACUGGACAAACACAAAGAGUUCUUCCAGGGUCUGGAAGGCCAUAUGAUCCUCACUCGGACUUUCUUCAGCAAAGUGUCUCAUCUAGUGUCUCAGAGGGAAGCCCAGGCCCUGGAGGAGAACAUGGUGUCAGCCCACAGUGUGCUCAAACAGGCCCACAGGAGGGGGGUGGAGCUGGAGGGGAUUCUGGAGUCAUGGAGCAGACUAAUGGAAAACUACCAGGCUCUGUGCCGACAGCUAGAGGCUGUGGAGUGUAGUAUUCCCACAGUGGGUCUGGUGGAGGAGACAGAGGAGAGACUGACUGAAAGGAUCAGUCUUUACCAGCAUCUGAAAGCCAGCCUGACUGAGCAUCAGCCCCAGCUCUACCAGGUCCUGGAAGAGGGCAAAAGGCUUCUUCUGUCUGUUGGCUGUUCAGAUUUGGAGAAUCAGCUGACCCAACUAGGAGAACACUGGCUGUCCUCCACCACCAAGGUCAACAAGGAGCUCCACCGCCUGGACUCAACACUCAAACACUGGAGCAGGUACCAGAGCGAGUCAGCAGAGCUGAGCCAAUGGUUAAAGUCUGCUCUGGAUCGGCUGGAGUUCUGGACCACUCAGUCAGUGACGGUUCCUCAGGAGCUGGAGACUGUCAGAGAUCACCUCCAUGCCUUUCUGGAGUUUUCCAAGGAAGUGGAUGCCAAAUCGUCUUUGCGUUCUUCUGUGCUGAGCACAGGAAACCAGCUGAUGAGAUUAAAAAGAGUGGAUACAGCCAGUCUGAGGACGGCGCUGGGCCACAUUGACACUCAGUGGGCUGAACUACUGAAUCGUAUUCCUGUGGUACAAGAGAAGCUGCACCAGUUGCAAAUGGAGAAGCUAGCGUCACGACAUGCCAUCACUGAGCUAAUGACCUGGAUCACCCUCAUGGAGAACAUCAUUGAGGAAGACCAGGAAAAGAUUCUAGGAGCUGUAGGCUCUGAGGUUGUCCAGAACUUUCUACAAAAGUACAAGGGUUUCCAUAUUGAUCUGACCUGUAAGCAGCUGACUGUGGACUUUGUGAACCAGUCAGUUCUGCAGAUCAGCAGUCAAGACGUGGAGGGUAAACGCAGCGACAAAACAGACUUUGCUGAGAAUCUGGGAGCAAUGAACAGAAGAUGGCAGAUACUGCAGGGACGUAUAGCCGAAAAGAUUCAGUUGUUGGAAGGACUUUUAGAAGGUUGGUUAGAGUAUGAAAAUGGAGUCUUGGCCUUGAAGACUUGGCUCACACUCCAGGAGGAGAAAUUAAAGAAGAGACACAGGAUAGAGGACGUAGCAUCAGUGCAGAAUGCACUCAAAGACUGUCAGGAGUUGGAGGAAUUGGUGAAGGAGAAAGAGAAGGAUCUAGAGAAAGUAGAGGAACGAGGAAACACUCUGAUUCAGGAUAAGAAAGGAGCAGCAUGUUCUGUGGUCACGGAGACCCUUAAUGGGCUGAACCAGUCCUGGACUCAUUUAGACCAAAUGAUAAGUCAGAUGAAGGUCAGCCUGCGUUCCGUGCUGGAGCAGUGGACACUGUACCGUCGAGCUUCAGAGGAGAUAACUGGAUACCUGAUGGAGGGGAUUUAUUCUUUGUCCAGGCUACGACUCCUUAAUGGAUCUCUAGAGGCUGUGCAGCAGCAGGUGGAGAGUUUAGAGAAUCUGCAGGAAGAGAUGGACAAACAGGAGAGCAGUCUGAGGAAAUUUGGCUCUGUAACGUACCAGCUACUGACCGAGUGUCACCCGUCUGUGGCUGAAACACUCAAUAGAGCCCUGCGAGAAGUCAACAUCAGAUGGAAUGGUUUACUGGAGCAGAUCUCAGAGCAGCUGAGGAGCAGUAAGGCCUUGUUGUUAGUGUGGCAACGUUACAGGACAUUGUACGGUCAGUGUGUGACGGCAGUCCAGAAGCAGGAAAAACAUGCAGAUCAGCUGCUCAAGAGUGCAACUGACAAGGAGAUCACAGAGGAGGAGAACAACGCUUGGAUGAAAGACUGCAAUGCCUGUCUUGGUGAACAGGCGUCUGUGCAGGAAUCACUGCAGCAACUACAGGCUUUAGGGGAACAGCUGAAGAGCCAAGUGGACGCCGUUUCCUUCGCAGCCCUCCAGUCAGACCACCUGUCGCUCACGCAUAGAUUAGCAGCGCUGGAGCAUGCCCUCCAUAGGCAGCAGGAAGUACUGCAGUCUGGGUCGCAGUCCUGUGACACUUUCAGGGAGCAGUUGGAAAUACUGGUGUGUAAUGCUAAGGAGGCUGAGGAGGUGCUGAAGGAGCCUGAUUCACUCGGCUCACCUGAGCCCACCGUGGUUCAGUCACGUAUGGACAAAUUAAAGCUUCACCUACUCAAGUUGAGCAGUCUAUCUCCCGACCUAGAACGCAUUAACGAGUUGUUGUACAGACUUCCUGUCAGUGAUCAAGAUGUUAAACAGCUGCAGAGUCUGAACAGAGCCUGGGCUUCUCACUGCGCUCACCUCACCGAGAGGUUCAGUAAAUUGCAAGCAGUGUUGCUUCAGCAGCAGAGCUUCCUCCAGAAGUGUGAGGCCUGGAUGGACUUCCUGUCUCAGACCGAACAGAAGUUAGCUGAUGAGAUCUCAGGGAACUACCAAAGUCUGGUGGAGCAGCAGAGAGACCACGAGUCAUUUCAGGCAGAAAUGUUCAGCCGGCAGCAGAUCCUCUACUCGAUCAUCAGUGAUGGUCACAGUAUGUUGGACCAGGGACACGUGGAUGACAGAGACGACUUCAGUGUGAAGCUGGCCUUGCUCUGCAAUCAGUGGCAGUGCAUUGUGAGGCGAGCUCAGCAGAGGAGAGGCAUCAUUGACAGCCUGGUCCGACAGUGGCAGAACUACAGGGAAAUGGUUGAGAAGCUGCUGCGGUGGCUCCAGGAAGUGACCCAUGACCCAGACGUCCAGCAGCCAGGAGAGGUAGUGGCUCUGCAGCAGGCCAGGAACCUGCUGGAUCAACUGCAUCUGAGGGAGCGGGUUCUCCACAGGCAGCAAGGGAGCUACAUCCUCACCGUGGAGGCCGGCAGGAGCCUGCUCCUGUCGGCUGACACCCGAGCUGAGUCCACCCUGCAGACGGAGCUGAUGGAGAUUCAGGAGAGGUGGAGACACGCCCACCAUCGCCUGGACCAGCAGAGGAGGGAGCUCAAUGGUUUACUGAAGAAUUGGGAACGAUGUAAGAAGGGCAUCGAUGCAUCCCUGGAGAAGCUGAGGGCCUUUAAGAGAAAGCUGUCUGUGUCGCUGCCUGAUCAUCAUGAGGAGCUUCACUCAGAACAAAUCAAAUGCAAGGAGCUGGAGAGCAGCGUAGAGGGAUGGACCGAUGAUCUCACUUCCUUGUUUUUGCUGAGGGACUCCUUGGAAGGCGUGGUCAGUGCCGAUGACAUCACUGUACUACAGGAACGCCUCCAGCUGCUACAGUGCCAGUGGGAGGAGGUCUGUCACCAGCUCGCCCUGCGUAGGCAGCAGGUGAGCGAGAAGCUGAACGAGUGGGCCGUGUUCAAUGAGAAGAACAAGGAGCUGUGUGAGUGGCUGACACAGAUGGAGAGCAAGGUCUCGCAGAACGGAGACAUCGGCAUCGAAGAGAUGAUCGACAAGCUGCGAAAGGACUACCAGGAGGAAAUCAGUGUGGCUCAGGAAAACAAGCAGCAGCUGCAGGUCAUGGGCGAGCGUCUGGCCAAAGCCAGUCAAGACAACAAGGCGGCCGAGAUCAAGCACAAACUCAGCAAAGUCAGCGAACGCUGGCAACACCUGCUGGACCUCAUCGCUGCCAGGGUGAAGAAGCUGAGGGAAACCCUGGUGGCCGUGCAGCAGUUGGAUAAAAACAUGAGCAGCCUACGUUCAUGGCUGGCCCACAUCGAGACAGAGCUGUCCAGACCCAUCGUCUAUGAAACCUGUGACGAUGCCGAGAUUCAGAGGAAACUCCACCAGCAGCAGGAGCUGCAGAGGGACAUCGAGAAACACAGCACCGGAGUGGCAUCUGUGUUGAACCUGUGUGAGGUCCUUCUCCAUGACUGUGACGCCUGCUCCACAGAGACUGAGUGUGACUCCAUCCAGCAGGCCACCAGGGGGCUGGAUAGACGCUGGAGGAACAUCUGUGCCUUGUCCAUGGAGAGGAGGCUGAAGAUUGAGGAGACGUGGAGGUUGUGGCAGAAGUUUCUUGAUGACUACUCCAGGUUCGAGGAGUGGCUGAAGACCUCGGAGAGAACAGCAGCUCUGCCAAACUCCUCUGGAGUUCUUUACACCGUCGCUAAAGAGGAGCUGAAAAAGUUUGAGGCGUUCCAGCGUCAGGUGCAGGAGUUUCUCACUCAGCUUGAGCUCAUCAAUAAACAAUACCGACGUCUGGCCCGUGAGAACCGCACUGACUCGUCCUGCCACCUCAAAGAAAUGGUGCAUGAUGGGAACAAGCGGUGGGAUAACUUGCAGAGAAGAGUAGCUUCCAUCUUGAGGAGACUCAGGCACUUCAUCGGCCAGAGGGAGGAGUUUGAGACGUCACGAGACAGCAUCCUGGUGUGGCUGACGGAGAUGGACCUUCAGCUCACAAACAUCGAGCACUUCUCUGAGUGUGACGUUCAGGCCAAAAUAAAACAGCUCAGGGCUUUCCAGCAGGAAAUCUACCUAAACACAGGGAAGAUUGAGUUGGUGUUCAGGCACGGAGAUGCUCUGAUAGAGAAGAGCGAACCUCUGGAUGCCGCCGUCAUCGAGGAGGAGCUGGAGGAGCUGCAUCGAUACUGUCAGGAGGUGUUUGGACGUGUGGACAGAUAUUACAAGAAGCUCACACGUCUGCCUCUGGUGGACGAUGAUCUGGACAGUUCAGACAGGGAACUUGAAGUUGAAGAAAGCACUGACCUCUCUGAACUCCAGUGGAGCGACUCCUCCCUGCCGCGCACGUCCAGCCGGCAAGCCAUGACUGCUGCUGUCCUCAUACGAGCCGACCGCUCAGGACGGGACACUCCGGCCAGCAUGGACUCCAUCCCCUUAGAGUGGGACCAUGACUACGACCUAAGCAGGGAUUUGGAGAGUCCAGGAGGAAGAGAACACGGAGAAGGGAGCAGAAGUCAGCAGGAGGACGAGGAUGAGUAUCUGAGGACGGAUGGAACAGUGCUGUCAGGUGAGCCAGGUCAGCUGGAGGCCAGUCUGAGGCAGCUGGACCAGGCUCUGGACGCAGGGCGAUAUCAACUGCAGCAGAGAGAGGCCACCGCCAACAACUCCAGCCCCGACAUCGACUCCACCUACAUGGGCUACAUGCGUCUGAUGGGAGAGUGUCGAGGCAGCAUAGACGCCGUGAAGAGAACAGAGGAAGAGCUCACUGAAGACGAGGAUGAAAUGCCCGGCCUCAACAACCCUAUCAGCACAGACUCUCAGAGCUCUGGUGUUAUCGAGCGCUGGGAGCUGAUUCAGGCUCAGACCCUGAGCGAGAAACACCGGCUCAAACAAAACCUGCAGCAGUGGCAGCAGCUGAUCUCAGAUCUGCAGAACAUGAGCACCUGGCUGAUUCAGUCUGAGGUCGAACUCGGUCAGCUGCGAAAACUUGCGCGCAGCACAGACAUACACUGCAUCCAUCAGAGAAUCAAGAAGCUCAAGGAGCUGCAGAAGGGAAUGGAUGCCCACAAGUCCCAGGUGUUGUCCAUCAACCUGAGCAGUGCGGACUUCCUUCAGUCAGCGCCAGACUCAGAGGAGGCCUGGGAGUUGAGGGAUGCACUGAAAGACAUGAACUCGCGCUGGGAUUGUCUGGGUACCUCACUGGAGCGCUGGAGAGAAGAGCUGCAGAGUGCACUGUUGCAGUGUCAGGAGUUCCAUGAGCUCAGCCAUGGUCUUCUACUGUGGUUGGAGAACAUCGAUCGUAGAAGGAACGAGGUGGUGCCCAUACCUCCAAAAAUAGAUCGUGAUACCUUACGAGCUCAUCACAAAACACUGACGCAAAUUAAGCGUGAGCUGCUGGACUCACAGCACAAGGUGUCAUCUCUUCAGGAGCUCUCAGCUCAGCUGCUGGUCACCACCAAACCUCAGACUCUGCUGAUGCAGUCAGAAACCUCAGAACAGAUCAAGCCCCUGGCCACCGAGUGUCUGGAGGCUCAGGAAAAAGUGCAUGUGAUACAGAACAGACAGAGACUUCUUUUAAGGGAGGUCAACUCAGACCUGGAAGGACUAGAACGGAGACUAGAGGCUGUGGAUGUACAGCAGGAAUCAUCGCUGGUGGCUUCUGUCAAACCUGAAGCAUCUGCUGCCACUGUACCAGAGGUGGCCAUGGACAGUCAUAGGCGACUGCCCCGAGGCAAAAGUAGUCAGGCCCACCUGGGACACCUUGAAAGCGGCCCGCGCCACAGCCGCAGCAGAACAUCAGGCGCCGCUGGUGGAGUUUUCUCCCAUUCUGACCACUCACGUGGCGUGAACCCGUCCUCGACCCCGACAUCUAAGGGCCCGUCCUUCCUGCUGCGCGUCCUCAGGGCCGCGCUCCCCGUCCAGCUGCUCCUCCUGCUCCUCAUUGGCCUCGCCUGCCUGGUGCCCAUGACCGAGCAGGACUACAGCUGCCAUCACGCCAACAACUUUGCCCGCUCCUUUCAUCCCAUGCUGCGCUACACCAACGGACCUCCACCCAUAUGAGAAGCAGCUGGAUCUCCACCUGCAGCUUUUGCCAAGGACUCAGCUGAACCCUGUGAAUGUUUUCUCUUCACCCUCGUGCCCUGAAGCUACAAACUCUCUUCUCUUUUAAAGACUUGUCUCCUCCACAUUGCACACCCACCUCAGCCUUUUAAACUCUCUGGACUUGAUGGACCUUCCUGUUGAGAAGCCUUCUCCUCCUCUCACAUCCAAAUAUUUCUUGUUUUUUAAAUUUCUUGUAAUUUGUUUUUCUCUCGGUUUUUGAAGAAACCUGUGAAGUCAAUGAAAAACACAAAGCACUAUUUAUAUAUUCUUAUAUGUUGGGAGCCAAAGUUGACCACAAAGUUGUGUCCAUGGUGAUCCAGUGAUGCUACUAUUUAUUAAGUGUUAAAUCAGUGAAUGAAACGUCAGUCUUGAUGAAGCUGAAGAACCACAAGUGUGGACUGUUGCACCG